AUGGAAAAUGUAUACGUGUUCCACCUAUUCGCGUUGGUGCAGCGUGUCAUCGACAUAUUUGACGCGGAUGGUAACGGAGAAGUAGAUUUCAAAGAAUUCAUUCAAGGCGUAUCUCAGUUCAGCGUUACGGGCGACAAGGAGAGCAAAUUGCGAUUUGCAUUUAGAAUUUAUGAUAUGGAUAACGAUGGUUAUAUAAGUAAUGGGGAGCUUUUCCAAGUGCUAAAAAUGAUGGUAGGUAAUAACUUUAUGGUGGGAUUGACAGAUGACGCCUAUUAAUUUAGCAGAAACCAUUGUUCAAAAAAAUAAUGGUUAAUAUUAUCUUUAAUGACAUUUUAAUAUCGUUAAAAAUUUUAUUCGGUAGUCUCGGCGAGUCCUUAAGGAUAUUACUUUUGGGCUAAUAUCUUAAUACAUUAAUAUUCAAAUGUAUUAAUAUUUUAAUAUUUUAGGAAAGUUAUAAACUUUAUAGAAUCGACUAUUAAGGUGUAUUAUGUUUAUAAUAAACAAUCACGAAUUGUGCAUUCGUAAGAUACAGCGAGGCAGUUUCUACGCAGUUGUACGGAAUACUAAUUAUUAAGCUGCGAGUUUACUUUGUUAGCUUUUAUGUGUACUCGCGUAUACAAGCUGUGUACUCUCUGA